GAUUCCCUUCAUGCUUGAAAUAGCUUCCCCGACGGGUGCGAGACCAUGCGAUGGAAAAAGCUCCCGCUCCGCCAGCGGAGAUACGCCUCAGGCCCAGGGCAUGCAAGUCCGUCCGUGACCUUUCCGUGACUGCAAGACGCGAAACUGGCACAUUCAGAAAAACCAUCUUCGACCUUCGACGUCAAGGAUUUAUGGCAACACACAUCAUCGUUUGCGCCUCUUCCAGUCAGUCAUCCACAAUUUCGAGUUGCCUCAAAUUCUCUGCCAACAGAUCUCCAAAUCUGCACUAGUGGAAAAGUGACAUAUAUAUUGAAAAAAAAUAGCGGAGGAUUUUUUGUACUUAAAACGGAUAGUGGACAAGAUCGCACUAGGAUCAUAACCCCCAAGUCUUUCUCAGCUUCUCCUCCCAUGUCCGAUGAGGAAAGCGAAUAUUUGUCCCUCUAUGAAUCCAACUUGACCCCUCUUCGUGUCUGCUUGGUUGCUUUGACAUGGGGACUGUACGAUUAUUUUGUAACACUAGAAGAUGAGGUUCGUCAUGUAUGGCCGCAAAGAUUCAACUUCGCCAAAUUCAUGUUCCUUUGGAUCCGUUACUACACUCUGGCCCUUCUGAUGUUCGAUGUAAUUCAAAUACACGUCUUCGCAGUUCCUGGCGUCACGUCAGAUAACCUCUGCGUCGCAAUGGAUUCUAUCAUCCGAGUGGUCGGCGCUAUCAGUCUAUGGUCUGUGGAAAUCAUCAUGCAAUUGAGAAUCUAUGCUCUCUUCAACUGCUCGAAAAGAGUAGCCAUCACGAACUGUAUCCUAUUCUUAGCUUCUAUUGCAGGAUUUCUAUGGAUCCUGGUUUACAAUGCUCAGAGACGACGUGCCGUCAUUGCUAGUGCAAUAUCAUUACCUCUUCCAGGGUGUCCAUCGAUUCAUUCUGGCAUAGAAUGGGCGCAAUGGGUUCCCGCUACGAUCUACGAGGGCAUUUUAUUUGGAUAUGCGUUGUACAAAACAAUCAAAUCUCAUGCAAUACGACUCAGAAAUGGUAUUCACAUAUCAUUGCACUCCCUUCUUUUACGCGAUAAUUUGGUCUACUUCUUCGGCAUCGCUUGUAUUUUGGUAUUCAACAACUUGAUGGUGGUGGGCGUAACACAUAUUCCUUGGUUCAGCUACGGGUAAGGGAUAACCACUGUCGGAGCAUUUCUUCCUAACACUGACACAUUGCCAAUGUGUAGUCCCUUCCAUGCAGCAGUCGGG